CAGAGUCCGUCAGAGUCCGUCAGAGUCCCGCAGAGUCCCGCAGAGUCCCGACGAGUCCGUCAGAGUCCCGACGAGUCCGUCAGAGUCCCGCAGAGUCCGUCAGAGUCCCGACUGAGACUGGAUUCCGGCUGCAGUGUGAAGCCUCUUGGUCUUGGAACAGAAAUGUUGACGCAAUAAUAUUCAGGGUCAUAAUUCUUCCAGCCUGUGAUGAGCUCAGUAAACAGCAAAGUCCCAUCUGCUGCUGUGAGUGCGAGCGACGAGCAGCGAGCGAUGAGCAGCGAGCGCUCUGAAGAACAACCUUUGAACCUUCUGACCGGAGCAGUGGAUGGACGAGUGACGAGUGAAGAGUGAUGAUUGAGGGACAGAGGCUGAGCAGCUGAGCAGGUGGAGAUAAGAAGCCGGAGCUUUGGACCAGAUUCUUACAAAAAUGUCUGGAACGUGUGGGAGGUUGUUGUUGUGGACGCUCGGGGCGGCGUUGCUGUCGGGGGUCAUGUUCACGGAGACAGAUGCCGCUCGUGAGCUGAAGCAGGAUUGUCGUCACGGCGACUGUCCGUCCGUCCCGGACUCAGAUCAGCUGGUCUACAGACGACACGCCGGUCUGACCCGGAGGAGACGGAACAUCUUGUUCCCCAGUGGCGUCAAACUCUGCACCCAGGAGACGCUGGACCAGGCCAUCGCCAACCACCUCAACUACUUCCACCUCCGAGUGUGUCAGGAGACGGUGUGGGAGGCCUUCAAGAUCUUCUGGGACCGGCUGCCGGAGCGGGAUGAGUACCAGGACUGGGUCGGUCGCUGCAUGGACGGAUCCUUCAGUGUCACGGACAUCGGAAGCUUCUUCAGCCAAUCAGACGAGCACAUCAGCCUCAUCAGGAAUAGAGUUGCCACGGCAGAAGCUGCAUCCAACAGUGUUUCCAUCACCUCUGAGCCCCCUGCAUGCAGCUCUGAACCAACCACCAUCCACGCCAGAGACUCGGGGGCGGAGACUCUGUCAGGACAGGAUGGUAUCGUCAUUGGAUCGAGUCCAGCUUCAGUCCUCACAGAGUCCGAUGCAGGAGAUGAGGACAUUGUCGAGGUCACCACAGAGGUCGUUGACUCUGUGUCUCACAAGCCCUUUGACGGGAAAGAACAAAAAGCUGUGACGGAUUCAACACAGGAGGAAACUGUGGACUCUUCUCAGGAAGAAGACAAGAUCUUUGAUUUCAUUCUUGAUGUGGAUGAACCCGACUCAGAGGUGAUUGAAGAAGUUACCCCAAUAGGUGAGGAGCCCCCUUUGGAAGCUAUGACUGAAGAGGUUCUCACAGAAGCUACUGUUGUAGUUCUGACGCAGCCCACUACAACACCUGCUGCAGAAGCAGUCACAGUGGAGGAAGGACAGCAGGGGGCAUCUCCAGCACCUGGUGCUGAGCCUCCGUCAGAAGUCUUGAUGGAAACAAUCCCAAACACAACUGUGGACAUCCUAAAGGGGCCAGAAGAAGAAGAAACUACUCCAGACAGUUCCUCAGAUAUCACCCCCAACGUGACUGAUGAGGAUUCACCUGAGCUCAUCACUGAAACUGUUCCAGCUGCAGCAGUUCUUGAAGAACCUGGAGGUGAAUCACCGGUGGAACCCCCUUCAGACGUUCUACAAGUUGGCCCAGAGCCAACUAUGUUUCUGAUAACAAACACAGAUUCAGAAAAAGAGGCUCCAGAACAUGAAUCUGUCGCUGACAUAGAAACAGAAGUUCCAUCCCAAGUCUCUGCUGUGAUGACAACAGACAAGAUAGAAGAAACAGUCAGUGAAGACAUUGGAGAGGACAAACCUUCGCUAAUGGCUGAAGUUACUUCUGAGCCUUUUGUACCUGAUGGAAUUGUAGCUGUGGAUGCUUCAGACAAGCCAGAGGAGGAUGUCGGAAAAGAAGAAUCCACAAUGGUUUCUGAAGAUCAGAUGACUGAAGCUGCUGUUGAACUGGAGUCUCCUGAGGUAGAACUGCCUGAGGAAACCGGAGACGCUCCAGUGGAGGAUAUAAAAGAAGAAGAAGAACCAGUGGAAACAGCAGGUACAACUGAGACAACAAGAGAACCAAGUGACGGUGGAGAAGAAACACCCGAGGAACCUUUAGAAGCUGUAGAGCAAGACAGGGCAGAGGUCAUAAAAACUACAGUAGAAUCCGAGGCGACAGAAGAUGAUGUAAAAGAAGAAAGAAAUCCCACAGAAGAACCAGAGCUUGAAGAAGACGUGGCCCAGGAGAAGAACCCUGCAGGAGCAACUGGACUAGAAGUUUUACCUGACGAGGACAACAUGAAUGUUACAUCUGUAGAUGAAACACAAGAAGCUGUUGGAGGUGAACCGUCAGAUGAUGUAGAGGAGAUUAUUUCUGAGGAGAUCACAGAGGAAGAAGAACGAGGAGCAGUUACAGAGGAUAUGAAUCCAGAGAUCCCUUCAGAGUCUGAGUCUGUGGAGAUCCCUCCAGUUGACGAUGUCCCAGGAGACACAGAGGGAAAUGAAAUGGAAGAAACACCUGAACCAAAGGCGACAGAGGAACUUCCAGGAGGCCCUGAGAUAGAAAUGAUUUCAGAAACCACAGAGGAUGGAACUACCCAGGUGGUCGAGUCUACAAGUGAGGUCCCAGAACCUGGAUACUCUCCUGACGUGGAGGAAGAUAUCGCCCCAGAUGCUCCGAGUGAAACAUCUCUAGAAGUUGUGACUCACACAGGGACGACUUCAGAGGAGGGAACAUCGGAGGAGCUCGGCCCGGAGGAGCUCGGCCCGGAGGAGUCCCAUGAAGAUGUUGUCCCAGAACCUGCAACUGAGGAAGACAUCAUCCAGGUUGUUCCGUCAGAUGUUCCCCAAGAGACAGUUGAUGGUAUCUCUGUUGAGGAUACUGGGAAAAUCAUGACCGACGCUCCAGCUGAAGUUCCGUCUGAGUCUUCAGAGGAAAGAGGCGUCACUGCAGCGAGUACCCAGGCCACAACCAAGUACAUCGUAGAGUACAAUAAUGGAAACUUCCCUGAUCCGACGCAGAGGCCUCGUGACGUAGACGACAGCUUACCGGGAAACAACGGCUUUGGGCUGGAGGACAAGGAGGAGAACUCGAUCGGUAACGAGAUCGACGACACGCUGUCGCGGCCCCCGAGGCCCCUGACGGAGCAGGUGGUGGAGCUGAGCAUCAGGCUGAGGGGAGAAACCUACAACGACGCUCUGAGAGACCCGAGCAGCUUCCAGCACCAGCAGCUGGUCCGACACUUCACUCGCAAGAUUGAAGACGCGUUCGAGCGACUGCCGGGCUUCAAGGACGUCUACGUGGUGGAGUUCAGGCCCCAGAAGGACCUGGAGCGAGGUCUGGUGGUCCUGGUGCACUACACCAUCACUCUGGAGAUCGACGGCGGUGGCGUCCCCAACGACACGCUGGACUUCAUCUCUCUGCAGAACAACCUGGUGGAGAAGAAUUACCCGGGCGCCGCCGAGCAGCCCACCGUCGUCUACACCAUCACAGACUUCCGUAACUUCAUCACCGAGGCGCUGCACAAAGACAACUUCAUGACCAACAGCAGCCUGGAGACGCAGGCCGACCCGCUGCAGCUGGAGAACGCUGAGAACUUGUUGCCUUCUGGCAAACCUACGAGCCGACCAGCUGACACCCUCGAGAACAUGGACAACGUUCUGGCGGCAGAGAAGCCUCCCGACGCUCCGAGCCACGAGGCGGCCAGCGGACACGUGCACCACAAGAAGGACGACUUCCUGUUCGACCCCUUCGUCGCGUGGAAAGAUCCUCAGAGCGGAGGGGUGAGCGAGAACGACGUCUUUAUGUUCGACGAGAGUGCGGCUCCUCUGCCGUCCGGCGAAUUCCCCGGCCUGGAGCCAACGGACGAAGACAAUAAUGGAAAGAUUGAAGAUGAGGGAUUUCUGCUCAGUAACUCUCCAGGCACUGGAGACGAUACCACCAGAGGGGACCGUGCGUUCGGUCCUGGAGGCCCCUCGGCAGGCCCCCCUCCAUCGGUGAGACCUCAGCCGGGCUCUGAGAGCAAGUUGGACGAAGGAUCCGGCGCUGGGUUCUCUGGAGAUGGUCCGGGAGCAGACCUCUGGUCCCGGCAGCCCUCUGUGACAUCUGACAGGACCGGCUUUUACAACGGGGGGGAUAGCAGCUGGGAGGUGCUGCCACCACCGGACCUGGAGGAGACUGAUGGAGACGACGAAGACCAGGACAAGGAAGGGGUUUUUGAGUCGCCAAUCGUUGAGGAAGACGAUUUGGUUGCAAUGGGAGUACAACUCACAAAUGUUCCCUCUUUGUGGACAACCACAGUUCCUGCUUUUGAGGAACCGGUUCUGGAUGGAGGCAUCGAGGAACCGAUUCCAGAUCAAGUCCCAGUCACACUGCACAUCAGCACCGACCCGCAGUACCUAACUACAACCCAAGCGCCUGUAUUCUUACCCAGAGGAACCUUGACCGUUGAACUCUCAGUACAAACACUUGAAGUAUCCGGCAUCUAUGAUGAAGAUUCCCUCACAGGACCACAGAUGAUCGUAGAGCGAGUCACAGACUCUCCAGAACCUGAAGCUUGGCCUCGUGAGGCCCCUGUGUUUGUUGGACCAACUUAUUCUGCAGUUAAUCUUCAAGAAACCACUGAAGUGGUGGCAGUAACUUCGGUCGUUACAGUUGGGUCAGCAGAGGACGCAUCGAUAAAGGAGGAGGUGGAAGGGAUUUUGGCGGCUGAGGUUCCUGAUACCGAAGAAUCUCCUUCCUUUGUAGAAGUCCAGGCGGUCACAGUCAAAGAAUCCAGCUUUGAUAUAGUCACAGAAGAGCCGUCAGACCUUGGGGUUCUCACGGACAAACCCGACCUGCUGCUGCCAGAACCUGCAGAUCGUGAUGAGGUUGAGAUUUUAGAGGAGCAGCAAAUCGGCUCCCCUGAUCCAACGACCACACCGACACACACAGUGACUGAAGGCCUGGACAGAGACCUGGUCGAGGAUGAAGUCAUGGUCGUCACUACGACCGCUGCUGCUCCCGUCUCAACUUCAUCCAUAAACUCACACCACAGCAACAUCAUGGCACUCUCGCCUGAGAAGGAGUCGCCGUUCACUCGAGUGGCGGAUUCUGUGCCGGAAGACGAGGAACUGGUUCACGACGAGGAUCUGAACCACGUCGAUGUUGACGAGGUUCCAAUCAGCACUCCGACUUCAACAGUGGUCGACGCAAAUGAAGACGAAAGUUCUCCUACAGAAGAGUUGCUGGGUGCUCCAGUGCAGGAGGAGGACUUGAACACAACACUGACGGGCACUUCGCAGGGGGAAGUAGAUACAGACAUCCCCCAGACGAACUCCUCCUCGCUUCAGGAAGUCCACAGAAGCACGCCUGCCUCUGAGAUCCAAAUGUUUGAGCAUGAUUCAUCCCACGUGCCGAGCAUCGACGUCAGCUUCGAUGUGUUCCAGUUUGACCGUGUGGCCACUGAAGGCGACAGCAGUGGUUUCUCCAGUGGGGCUCAUGGGUCAGAUUUGGAAGCCUUCGCUCUACCGAGCCGACCUGGCAGAGACCUGUCUGUGUUCUUCAGCCUGAGGGUGACCAACAUGGCCUUCUCCAUGGACCUGUUCAACAAGAGCUCCGCAGAGUACAAGGCCCUGGAGCAGCGGUUCCUACAACUGCUGGUCCCGUACCUUCAGUCCAACCUCAACAACUUCCAGAACCUGGAGAUCCUCAACUUCAGGAACGGCAGCAUCGUGGUGAACAGCAGGAUGAGGUUCGGUAAGCCGGUUCCCAGAGGCGUCACCAACGUCGUCUACCUGAUCCUGGAGGACUUCGCCAACACCGCCUACCAGACCAUGAACCUGGCCAUCGACAAGUACUCUCUGGACGUGGAAUCAGGCGACAGGGCGGAUCCCUGUAAGUUCCAGGCGUGUAACGAGUUCUCCAGGUGUAUGGUGAACCGGUGGUCGAGCGAAGCCGAGUGCGUUUGCAACGCCGGGUAUGUGAGCGUGGACGGUCUUCCGUGUCAGAGCGUCUGCGAGGUGCAACACGACUUUUGCCUCAACGAUGGCAAAUGUGAUAUCCUCCCCGACAAGGGGGCCAUCUGCAGAUGUCGAGUGGGACAGAACUGGUGGUAUCGCGGCGAGCACUGUGAAGAGUACGUUUCUGAGCCGCUGGUGGUGGGCAUCGCCAUCGCCUCGGUGGCCGGCUUCCUCAUGGUGGUGGCGGGAAUCAUCUUCUUCCUGGCGAGGACGCUGCGAGAGCAGUACGACGGCGAGGACAGCGAGGACCCCGUCAGAGGUGGGAACAGCGUCCCGACGCUGGAGCGUGCCGCCAAGUUCAACCCCAGCGAUCCGGUCACCGCGCAGUACUACCGCCGCUACGAAGACGACACGCCCCAGUUCUACCGGCGACGCGACACGGACGGCCCAGAGUACAGCAGCCCCGCCAGCGCAGGCGGCUCCAAAGAUCUCAGCAGCGGCGACAUGCAACACCUCUACCAGAACAGCACGCUCACUACAGAGGAGAUCCAGGAGCGUCUGAGGAUCAUCGAGUUGUGCUCCAGGGAUCAACACUUUGUCGACUUUGUGCGACAGACUCGAGUAUUCCUGGAGAGAAGAGGAAGCUCCACCACGUAGAGAUCAGACUGACGAAGGUGAGCUCAUCAUCAUCAUCAUCAUCAUCAUCAUCAUCAUCAUCAUCAUCAUCAUCACCAACCUGCCAGUUCAACACUACACUACCCAUCAGCCCCAGUGGCUGCAGUCCACAGAACUCCGCCUGCGUCCGUGACUGGUGGGAGGGGGCGGAGCAGAGGUGAAGGUGGGUUCAAAUGGCCUCUGACCUCCGACCCCUGCUGGGCCGCCUCUACCUCUUACCUUUGACCUAACUGUCUCACUGUUCCUGUCUUACUCUCAUCUUCCACCUCAUCAAGGACUUCCUGUCUGCGUCUCGUCCUGCACGAGGUCGUCGGUGUCGGCUCCUCCCCGUCAGUGCCUUCGCCGCAGCCCUUUUCGUAACCAUGACAACUCAGACCAACAAACCGCCUGUUCUCUUUUCGUCCAAUCAGCUGCUUCACACCGAUGUUUACAUGUAGCAUGUUUAGCAUGAUUAGCAUGUUGAGCCUGUGACAGUUGAAACCAAUCAGGAAACGGCCUGAAGGUCACGAUCUGACUGUACGGAGGACGAUUGGUGCCACGUGGCUCUGAUCGUCUGUACGUUUGAUACGUGUUGGUUCACAUCGAUCGUCUGGUCUUGUUCAGGCUCCAGAUCCAGUCGUGUUCACAGACGUUGAAGUCACAAUGAAUAUUCGUUAACAAGGGCCGACCCUCACUUAGGAAUCAGUAGAUAAAGAUAUCAAAUGUAUAGAGUCGUCGUUAGAAUGUGUGUUUUCUUUAGGGACUUCUCCUCAAGCCGGCUCCUCCUGUUUUCUAUUACGUUUUAUAAACUGUUGAUUAUAAAUAAAGACUUAUUUUUUUACACAA